UUCUGGAGAGAGGCGACACCGUCGUCGCUUCACCGUCCGGUCGACAUCAUGGUUCCACCGAGCCUCCGCAAUAACCUCCGUGACAUCCUGACGUUCCUUUCUCUCGACAUCGAAAUCAACAUCUCUGACGUUGGAGCUCUAGUCACUGGCCAGAUGUCAGAGAUUCAAACGAGACGCGCGAACGAGCCAGUCGGAACAGCAGCCCUGUCAGAUUUCGACUACACACGGUACCACACUUACGAUGAGAUCCAGCAGUGGGUUUCAGAUAUUGUGACAGAGUACAGUGAUAUUACAUCUCACUUUUUACUUACAACGUCAUACGAAGGAAGGCCAAUCAAUGGAUUCCGAAUCAGAGGAAGAAACAGUGUUGCCAGCGAUCCUCCUCCCCCUGCGGUAUGGUUUGAGGGCGGUAUACACGCCAGAGAAUGGAUUAGCCCCGCUACCGUUAUGUGGUUUACAGCACAGCUUCUACAAGAUUAUGAAGACGGUGAUGAAUUGGCUAUGAGUAUGUUUGAUAACAUGGACUGGUACAUUGUCCCAUCUCUCAAUCCAGAUGGCUACACCUACACUUGGACUAACGACCGACUUUGGCGAAAAACCCGAUCGGAUAAUCUAGACAGCACAGGCAGUGGUUGCAGGGGAGCCGAUCCGAACCGCAACUUCCCUUUCGGAUGGUCCGGAGGGGGAGAGGUUUCAAGACAUGAAUGUGAAAUCUUGGAGGGGGAACCUGGUCAUGUGACCUGCCGGGAGGAAGAAAUCCAUCCGGAAUUCCAAGCCAGGAGACUCAGAAAGAUGCGUUCCCCUCUCCAAUAUUUAAUGACCCAAUAA